UCUGAAUCAUUCAAACGGUUGGUGUCGUUAGCGGAGAAAGAGACAGUGCCACAGCGCGUUCAUAAGCACGUGUUUUGUGCUGGGUGGGUGUGCUGAGUUGUGUUUGAAUUUCACCCAUCACCGGAAAAAGGAAGCGAAUAGAAGGAAAAACCGUUAAAAGUGCUGCAUGCAUUGCACCUUACCCGUGCCGUGCACCAGACCAGCGUCCUAUGUUAAUAUUUAGUACGUCGGGGUAGGAUUUGAGUUGUAUUUUUCCGCCUUUUCGGGUACUGUAUCGUUCCUUUUCGACCGGACCUGAUCGAGCUUUCACCAGGCACCAGGCGUUCUCUCUUUAUUCUACCAUCACAGGAACCCCAACCAACCAACAGCACUAGCAAUGAGCCGACCCUUUGUACUGCUGGUCCUCGCGUGCCUAACCAAUGUGUGCGUUUCGGAGGUUCCCGGCGAUGGUAUGCCCCGACCGAGCACCGACGAUGAUGAUAGGCCCAAUUACAUGGCAUUCAACGAAAACGCAUUCAACGAUAACGACCUUUCACCAUCGCCCACUCCCUCGCCCAGUGACGCGUCCCGGCUGAUGGGGGACGGUGCCACGGGUCACGGUGCUGGGGAUGGAUUAGCACGUGGUCUGUACGGCUGGAGUGGAGCUAUGCCUCGAUGGCGGCUCAGUCCGGAGCUGCUCGAUGGUUUGAGGGCGGCGCUCGAGGUGGAAAACGACCUGUUUAUGCCGCACAAUGAGCAGAUCGAGCUCGGCCGGACGGACCUGACCGGUGAGGAGGAUUCGAACGGACAGUACGGGAUUGAUGGGGGGCGUUAUCUUCCCAAGCGUGUGCCGACCGGAUUUACGGGCAUGCGAGGACGUCGUGUCCCUUCAGGGUUCAAUGGAAUGCGGGGCAAGAAGUCACUCUCACUAUUCAACUGGAACAAUCAGGCAUCACGGGGCGGUUCCAACUCUUACCGGGACGGUAAACGGGCGCCUUCAGGAUUUAUGGGAAUGCGUGGCAAGAAGAGCUUUGACACAUCGCUGGACGAACGAUGGAGUUUGGACGACUUGAACACCGGCAGUAUGGCAAAAGAGUUUCCAAACUUUCUCGUGUUGGAUCCUGCCCUGGGACCCUCGAUGCAUCUGAAUGCGGCACCUCCAAAACGGGUCCCCAAUGGGUUCAUGGGACUGCGUGGGAAAUAAGUAAUGAUCAUUACUGACAAGGAUCGUGGCCCCAGAAAGAUAGUUAUUCAAGAUCUCAGCGAAUGUCCUUCUCCAACCAUUUUUGCAUGCAUGGAAUGUAAAUGUAUCGUUAACCCCUUCUCUAAUCUACCGUUAAGCAGCUGCUGCUGAACAUAUCAUCAUGAUCAUCAUUAUCAGUGCGGGAGGUAAACGUUUAUGGUGAGGUGCGUAUGUACAGUAACUCGAGUGUGGACGUGUGAGAUUGUUGAACAGAAAUCUUAAACAAUAACAACAAAUAAAACACUUGCUCACAGAGAAUAAUAUCAGAUGAAAAUGAAUAAAAACUGGCUUCUGGAAGUAUUAUUGCAUCGUUAA